AUGUGCCAAGAAAACGGGCGCAUCUAUCAGGGCCAGGGGAUCAAUAGCUACAUCUUACCCUGCGAUGAGACAGAGCAGGACUGUCUUGAUUUCAUGCACGCCCUAGUCAUGAAAGCCCUGUGGCCAGCCAGAUUAGGUCACAUCCCUCAUGCCCACAACGGCCGCUUUCUUGAUCUGGGGUGUGGAAUGGGAAUCUGGGUGAUUGAAAUGGCGGAAGCAUAUCUAAAUACCUAUGUGCUGGGGGUCGACAUAUCAGUAAUACAGCCAGACUUUCAUCCGCCAAACUGUGCCUUUGUAGUUUCUUUUGACUACGAGCAUUUCUAG